CUCAACACAGAUAGAGCUGGAGAGGGAAGCAUAUAAAGCAGGUUGUAAAUCUGAGAGAAAGGGAAAUGGAGUCACAUUGUAAUUUUUUACCAUUGGGGCUGUACCUUUCCUUUUAGUGACAGCGCAGCAGGGACUUUCCUUUGGAGAAGGAGUAGACAUGGUGAGUAAAGAGGCAUUGGGUGGGAGGUAGCGUCAGACUGACUGAAGGAGGAGCCUGAAGAGAAGAGAGCCAGCCAAAGGGAGGGGCACAGACAGGCUUGGCAGUGUUUUGUCUUCAGCUGUGAAAGAACAACGGACAGGGAAUGACUGCAGGCUGCACAGACACUCAACUUUUUCACUUUUCACUGUCUGUCUUUCACUUCUUUUAAUUUCUUGCGGAGUGUGUCCAAAACCUCCCAGCUGACACCAUGGAUAACUUCCAGACUGUCCUGCAUUUCUUCAUGAACCAGAAAGCAACCAUUGGCUACAGUUUCAUGGCUCUCCUGACUUUAGGCGGGGAGCGAGUCUUCUCCAUGGUCUCCUUUCAGUGCCCGUGUAACCACGACCAGAACUUCGUCUACGGGCUGACUUUCCUGCUGGGCCCGGCUGCAGUGCUGCUGGUCUUUGGGCUGUUCUUCAGCACCAGGUUGUGGAGGGUCUACACUGGCUGCUGCCUCAAUCCCAUGAAGCUUUGCCCCCGUGGGAAUUGCUCCAGCUGCCUAAGGGUGUUCAUGAGCAUCUUCACUGGGGCUUGUGUGGCUCCUAUAAUGUGGCUCUCUGUGGCUCUGCUUAACGGCACCUUUUAUGAGUGUGCCGUCAGUGGUCUCGAUGAUAACAUGGUGGUGGAUCUUUUCUGUAAAAACAAGACCUUGAAGUGUCGGGAGGAGCUGGCCCGAGUGCCCUGUGAGCGGUCCAGACUAUCCAGUGAUGAGCGCAUGGAGCUGCUACUAAUGUUCAGGGCCCAGUCACAGAUACUAGGCUGGUGUAUCAUCAUUAUCGCUGCCAUCGUGGGCUUCCUGGGUACCUGCUUCACAAACUGUCGCUCCAAAGUCAGCUUCCUGCAGCUCACAUUCUGGAAACGCUAUGUGGAGAAAGAGAAGGAGCGCUUUGACGCCUUUGCGGUGGACUAUGCCACCAAGCUGGCCGAGAGAAACCUGCAGAGCUUCUUUGAGAACAAGGACCCUGAUCCGUUCCCUUUCCCCAACCACAAGGCAUGGGAGGAGAUCUCUGCACAUUACACCUUUUCCAGGAGCGAGCAGUACUACAGCACCCUGCAGCGUUACGUGGAGAGGACAGACAGGGACUUCACACCAGAGAAGAGACCUGUCAUGGACUUAGAGCAUGGAAUAGAGAUGAGCUAGAGGAGGAGGAUGUGGUCUGUGUGCCAUUUUAUUGGUGAAUAAAACACAGACAUUCAAGGAGCAGACAAGCUGUGUUGAGACUUUUAGAUACACAUAACUGCUGGUAUUUAACUCUAUGUCUAUUGUAUGUGCAAGUUUGACUCAGGAAAAGCUGUCCCAGGCUGCCUCCUCACUUACUAAGCACAUGAAAUAAUGAAGGGCAUAGCCACUAUUUUAUACACGCUAAUUCUUCUUACUUCCUGCCUAAGUAUAAAGAAAGGCAAUGUGUAAUUUUCAAGGAAUCAAGGUCUUUUAUUUGUCACACAGGGUUGCACAAUGAAAUGUAAGUUGCCGCCCCUUCAUGCUACACACACAGAACAUAUAUACAAAUAUUUCAAUUUAAAAUAGAAUAAAAUAAAAUAAAUAAAACAAUAUAUAUAGUUAUUUACAUACAUAUAUACCUAUACACAUAUAAACCCAGAAAGUAAUAUUUUUUUAAAUUUGCAUCUGGGGAAAUGUAAACAGCAACAAGAUAGUGUUGAUAAUAUGGUCAGCAAACUUGACAACUGGGAAACAUUGUCCAUCAACUGUGACUACGUUUGAGCACCAAGCAUCACUGAUGUAAACGCAGAGUCCGCCUCCCCUCGCCUUCCGGAGUCUUGCGUUUUGUGGGUGCGGAACACGGUCCGAAAUGAAAGAAUUCUAACAAGCAACUAGCAGACCUACUCCAGAAACUCAGAAAUUCAUAAUUCACACAUCAACAGGUGACUGAACAACCAAUCAAUUAAAAACUGGAGAAAAUCCAAAUUACCCUGACUGACUUCAGGUAGACAGCAUACUAACUCAAUAGCUUCAGCGUCUAGGCAAUUCACCUACAGAAGAUAAUACAACCUUUCCAUGUGAUAUAAUGUCCCACUGCAUUUGUUGCUGUGAUGGUCAUUUUGUUAGUCUGUUGACAGAACUGGAGCUGAAGUCAUCAGCAACACUGACAAACUAGCUAACUCUCCCGGUUGUUUCAUUCACAUGAUGUUGAUAUGAUGUUCUUUCUAUUGUUUGUUGUGGGGACUUCAGAGUUUCUUUUCUAGAAAUGUGUCCAUUCACAGAUACGCAGUGACAUGACAGUGACUUUGUCUGACCGUUUGAUAAUUACUUUACCACUACAUUUAGUAUUUUUUUAAAUCCUGGCUACGGCCCUGGUUGGGUUUUUGAUAAAUAAUUGUCAACCUAAAAACUGACAAAGUGUAUUAAAUGCAAAAAGUAAACUUAAA